AUGCAGGAGAUCUCUGAAAAAAACAUCCGCAUUAUGAAUGGCCGUCUUAACUCAAAUAAAGCUACGCAGACUUUUCAGAGGACAUUUGGCUGUACGUGGAAUGACAAAAAUGAUGACGUGGGAGCAUUUGACACAUAUGGUUAUGAAGGAGAGAAUUUCAUCUCACUGGACAUGCAAGAAAAGAAAUACGUAGCUUUUUCACCAGAAGCAUUUCACACUAGAGACAUGUGGAACAGAGAUAAGAACCAGCUUGAGUUUUUAAUAAACUAUUACAACAAAGAUUGCAUUUUUUGGCUGAAGAUGUCAAACCUUCGCAAAACUGAUUCGAAGAAAAAAGCACAUACUGAUGGGUUUGUCAUUUUACUACGAAGCGUUCAUCAAGUUUAUCAUUUGAGAUUUCUGGACCCGCUGGAGAAAAUGUUUGACAAAUUUCUGAUCUGUUUGUUGAUGUGCCGUUUGAUUGGUGUGUUUGGUGAUGAAGUGAAGUCAGUGUCAGUGAUGGAGGGAGAUUCUGUUACUCUACACACUGAUAUUACUGAAAUACAGACAGAUGAUGUGAUCGAGUGUAGGUUUGCAGAUGAAGAGGCUCUCAUAGCUACUAUAAAUAAAACAGCUAAUAUAGUCAGAAUAAAUGCUGAUGUUCAUGAUGGGAGAUUCAGAGACAGACUGCAGGUGAAUAAUCAGACUGGAGAUCUCACCAUCACAAACAUCAUAACUCAACACACUGGACUUUAUCAAGUAAUCAACAGAAAGACAACCAAUAUCUUAUACAGAUUCAAUGUUACUGUCUAUGCUCAUCUGCCCAUUCCUUACAUCUUCAGAGACUUUGAUCAAUGUUAUUCUUCAUCAUCAUCAUCAUCAUCAUCAUCA